CUGGAGCCUGACUCCUGUAGACUCUGGAAGAAGUGCAGUCACAGAACUCUCCAUGGUGAAGGGUUGUCAGAGGAGGAGGACACGUCCGACCCCAGGGAAAACUUCUGGCCAUCUUGAGAACAUGUCCACUAUUACUAAGGUGUUUUCCUGUUUCCCUGUUUUACCUGGAAUAUGAGUGAAGUCUACCUGUAGGUUCCUACAAUAUAGGAUCUGCUCAGUGGAUAUCUUCUAUAUAAGAUCCUUCUCCUGAUUGACCCCCUCAUGGAUGGAUAGGGACAAGAUGGUGGAGAGUAUAAUAAAUCUCACCCUAGAGAUCCUCUUCCGGCUUACUGGAGAGGACUACAUAGUAGUGAAGAAGACCUCUAAUGAGCGCUGUCAGGCCCUUGUGUCUGAAGAAUGGGGAAGAACCCUGAGCCCAAUCACGGGGCCUCCACCUCACCCCCUGAUGCAUGAGGAAAUCAAAAGAGAGAAGAUCCUAGAACUCGCCAACAAGAUGAUUGAGAUGCUGACUGGAGAGGUUCCUAUAAGGUGUCAGGAUGUCACCAUCUAUUUCUCCAUGGAGGAGUGGGAGUAUUUAGAAGGACACAAAGAUCUGUACAAGGAUGUCAUGAUGGAGGCUCACCAGCCCCUCACAUCGCCAGUUAAGAAAGAGACGAGAACACCAGAGAGAUGUCCCAGUCCUCUUUCUUCACAGGAUGUUUCAGAAGAACAUCACAAUGUCCCACAGGAUGAUCAGCUCGUGAAUCCGGGUGAAGAUCUGAACAAUAUUAAUCCUACAGAGACAUAUGUGAGGGAUGAUGAGCAGAGCAUAGAGGACAUUCCUACAGAUAACCGGCCAGAUGACUGUACCAGGAACUUAGAGAAACAUCUUAUAUCUUCAGAUUUUGAAGUAUCUGAUCAUGGUAUCACACGAGAUAAAUAUGAAGAACAUACCAAUAUCCAAGACUUACCUUCAUCUAUUCAAAGCAAAAAUGUAUCACUUGAUCCUUUCAAACAGGUUCAAUCUUCUGAUUCAUCACAGACUGUAACACAAAAUAAAAGUCACAGAAGAGGUGUUAAACAUCAAACAACUCACUUAAAAAUGGAGCCAUUUACAUGUUCAGAAUGUGGGAAAUGUUUUAAGCAUAAAUCGGCUCUGGUUGUACAUCAGAGAAUUCACACAGGAGUGAAGCCAUUUACAUGUUCAGAAUGUGGAAAGUGUCUUAGACUGAAAUCUGAUCUUAUUGUACAUCAGAGAAAUCACACAGGAGAGAAGCCAUUUUCAUGUUCAGAAUGUGGGAAAUGUUUUAACCAGAAAUCGGCUCUUCUUAGACAUGAGCUAAUUCAUACAGGAGAGAAGCCAUUUUCAUGUUCAGAAUGUGGGAAAUGUUUUAACCAGAAAUCGGCUCUUCUUAGACAUGAGAUGAUUCACACAGGAGAGGAGACAUUUUCAUGUUCAGAGUGUGGGAAAUGUUUUAUCCAAAAAUCGGCUUUUGUUAAACAUCAGAGAAUUCACACAGGGGAGAAGCCAUUUUCAUGUUCAGAAUGUGGGAAAUGUUUUAACCAGAAAUCGGAUCUUAUUAGACAUCUGAGAAUUCACACAGGGGAGAAGCCAUUUUCAUGUUUAGAAUGUGGGAAAUGUUUUAAGCAGACAUCAGCUCUUCUUAGACAUGAGAGAAUUCACACAGGAGAGAAGCCAUUUUCAUGUUCAGAAUGUGGGAAAUGUUUUAACCAUAGAUCGACUUUUGUUACACAUCAGAGAAUUCACACAGGAGAGAAGCCAUUUUCAUGUUCAGAAUGUGUGAAAUGUUUUAAGCAUAAACCAGCUCUGCUUAGACAUGAGAGAAUUCAUACAAGAGAGAAGCUACUUUCAUGUUCAUAAUGUGGGAAAUGUUUUAAGCAGGCAUCAGCCCUGGUUACGCAUAAAAAAAACUCACAAAUAAGAGAAGACAUUUUCAUGCUUAGCUUGUUCGUGACUGCCUUUACGUGUUUUUAUGGUGGUCACUAACUGGCUUUAUUCAAAAACAUACUCCUUUUUACAGGGAGGUAAAAUAUCCCAUUGCUUUCAGCUACCAGGGGUAGCUAAGGGUUUGGAGCAAUGAUCAAGGCCACUGUAAAGGUCCCCAAACACAUAUGGUCUCCAGUAUUGAAUGAAUACCAAUCAGCUGACAGAUCAAUUUAAGAGUGAAAGUAAGUUUUCUUAUAUACAUAAAUAUUCUCUAAAGAAAAAUGUUUGGGGAGAGGAAAUAAAAAAAACAAAAACAAACUAAAGUUUCCCAACGGUACUGCUCUGCCUGUGAUCGGUAUGGGGGGCCCCUCCAUUCCUAUAAAACUGAAAAUACAAGGGCCUUUGGGAAAGUCCAAAUAAAAAGAGAUGAAUUCCCACAAGAGCUGGUGUCCAGACAUGUGGAAAAAGUGGCGACAAUCACACUGUAAAUGGGCAGUUACUUGCAGUCAAGUGGAAUGACAGAAAGGAUGUCUGCAGGCUAAACACUGAGCAUGAGGACAGCACAGGGGUAGUAAUAGAGAGAGGGGCCACCACUGGUAAGAGAGAGUCUGUCUGAGUGACACAUUGUAAAUUUAUACGAGUAGUGUUUCUUUCAACCAUAUAUAUAUAAAAAUAAAUAAUAAACAUAUGUGUGUAUGUUCCGCUAUCACUUAAAAACACAACCAUCGAUUUCAACGAAACUUGGUAUACACAUCCCUUGCAACCUGGGAAGAAAUCUUGUGGGGUCUCAGCUCUCUAGGACAUUACCAUUCCUAAAAUAUUACCAAAAAAGUCUUUCUCUUCAUAUUCUACCUGCCAUACACACGGUCACAUGUCCCUUAUCAGCCAAUAGAAGCUCGCAGGCCCUUACUCUCCACAUACAGAUUUACAGAUUUACUCCAGGUUUCAUAACAACCCAGCCAACCCAAGUUGCAUGACACAUAGGGCACAACCACACUGCUACAUGCAUCCAUCUUGGAUGGAUUUUUUUUUUCGUGUCGCAGUCGCAAAAU